AUGACAUGUCUCGACCUUCCAACGAUCUACCUCCUCCCCACUCACCUAGAGGCGAAUCAACGACAUGAGCUUGAGGUAAAGAUUCCGAGACUCACAUACGACAUCCGCGAGGCCGAGAUUAUUGUCGGAAACAUCUUCAAGCGAGAGAGAGCACUUUUCGAACUGAGACGCAAGAAGAUACUGUCGGAACCGGUGGAUGCAGCAGAAGCCGCAGGUGCGCAUCUCACAACGUGUCGCAAGCGCAGAAGGGCGUCUUCCGGAAGCGACAGCGACUCUACAGUGUACACCGAAGAUGGAGAGAGGUUCGGUUCAGGUACUGCGCAAGUCGCUGGGAACUCGUCAGCUUCAGAGAAGCCCGGCAACGUGGCCACUGUCAAAGUCGUGAAACUGGGGUGGCUGCAAGAUUCGCUUGCGCAAUGCAGGAUGCUCCCGCUGCAAGAUUACUUACUCUACGAAGGCAUCAAGAAGGACCCAGGCCGCACACCCGUCACCAAUAGGGGAAGUGACAUAUUGUCCCGCGCUGCAACCGAUGGCGCAAAGGGCAGUGUGUUGCCCCAGAAGAACAGGGCGCAAUCCCCUUCCGAGAUACACCGAUCAGUGCCCUCGUUGACCAGACAGACAACAUCGGAACAUGACUCGACUCUUGGGCUGCCACCUGUGCCUCAUUAUCUCAGAACAACAUAUGCUUGUCAGCGAUCUACUCCAGCCGAUCAUCCGAACGCUGCGUUCGUUCAUGGACUGAAGAAGAUCAGGACUAUAAGAAAAUUCGCAGGUGAUCAAAUAGGAGUGAGAGCGUACUCAACUUCGAUAGCCACGAUAUCGGCAUAUCCUCACGAGAUAGCCAACCCGCAAGAAGUUUCGAGGCUACCUGGCUGCGGCGCUAAGAUCGCCGAGCUGUGGCACGAGUGGAAAAAAGCCGGCAGGCUUCGUGAGUUGGAUGAAGGUCAGGCGAAUCCGAAGCUUUCUGCCAUACAGAUAUUUUACGAUAUUUGGGGAGUUGGCGACGCUACGGCUCGUGAUUUUUACAGUCGAGGAUGGCGAGACCUGGACGAUGUCGUCGAACACGGCUGGGGCAGUCUUAGUCGUGUGCAGCAGAUUGGCGUGAAGUACUAUGACGAGUUCAAGCUUAAGAUACCUCGAAUCGAAGUCCAAUCCAUCGCCGACACGAUCCUGGCUCACGCCCGCACAAUCCACCCGAAUUUCCAGCUGGUCCUUGUUGGCGGCUACCGGCGUGGCAAGCAAGGUAGCGGGGAUGUCGAUGUGGUGAUGAGCCAUCCCGACGAGCCUGCUACCUUGAACUUUGUCGACAAGUUAGUCGUGAGCCUGGAAAAGACUGGGCAUAUAACGCACACGCUCGUGUUGAGUAAGCACAACAGCGAGCGGGGCCAGCGGCCUGUCAGCUGGAACGGUAACGAGUUUACGGGAGGUGGCUUCGAUACGCUCGACAAAGCGCUUGUGGUUUGGCAGGAACCGGAGGCGAUUAGGCAAGAAGCACGAGAGAGGCCGCAUCGACGUGUGGACAUCAUAAUCAGUCCUUGGAAGACGGUCGGAUGCGCCAUCCUAGGCUGGAGCGGAGAGACAACUUUCCAACGAGACUUGCGCCGAUACUGCAAGAGACAGAAGAGCUACAAGUUUGACAGUAGCGGGAUCCGGAGCCGGCUCGAUGGCAGCUGGGUUGACCUGGAGAGCGGCGACCUCGGGCAGGCCCCCGACAUGUUGACAGCCGAAAGGAGGGUAUUCCAGGGCCUGGGCCUCGACUGGGUUCCUCCAGAGGAAAGGUGUACCGGCUGA